UUGUGGCGAUCUCUGGCUGCAGAGACGUUUGGGACAUUGGUGAUCGUCCUGCUAGGAUGUGGAACAUGGAUAACAUGGUCCUCUCAUCCAAACCUUGUCCAGAUUUCUCUUACGUUUGGAUUAACAGUAGCUACUAUGGUUUGGGUAUUUACUCAUAUCAGUGGUGGGCAUGUCAACCCUGCCGUUACUUUGGCUAAAUUAGUAACCAGAAGAGUAAGCAUCGUACGAGGUAUCCUGUAUAUUAUUGCUCAAUGUCUUGGUGGUGUUCUGGGAGCUGGUAUACUAUUUGGUUUAACACCUCCUCAUAAAAGAACAGAUCUUGGUGCUACUGCUAAAUUGGGUGAAUCUGUCACCGCUGCUCAAGGUUUUGGUAUUGAAUUAUUGGUUUCAUUCGUAGUGGUUAUGGCUGUAUUUGCCAGUAAUGAUACCAAACGAAGAGAUCUGAGGGGUUCUCAACCACUAACUAUUGGUUUGGCUGUAAUGGUUUGCCAUCUGUUUGCUAUUCCAUACACACGAUGUGGUUUAAAUCCUGCCAGAAGUUUUGGUCCAUCAUUGGUGAUGGGCAUCUGGUCUAACCAUUGGGUAUUUUGGAUUGGUCCUCUAAUAGGAGGAGUCAUCGCUGGAAUUCUGUACGAGUUCGUUUUC